AUGGGUCAAGCAGAUACUCUUCUUUACCAGGGCCGCCUCCUCCGCCAGGGCCGUAUUCUCCGCCAGUGCCUAUCAUACUGCGGCGACAUUAUGACACAAUCUCAGGAUCCCAUUUUCGCAGAGAAGGGGGGGGCCACCGAGCUUCCAGUCCUCAUGUGCAUCGCAUGGGACGUCACCCGAUUGCGGAUGCACCUGGGUAUCACGGACAUCGUAAUGCGACUCGGCAGUACAGGAGCACCAGGAAUGGUGCUUCUAUGGAGAAUGCCGGAGCGGCCAGAGUGGAGGGAGCCGAAGCACAGGUUGCCGGACGGCUCUGUCACACAGCUACUAUCGAUACACUCAGCAGAGCACAAGACAUUCCACGAUAAGAAGGAAAAGAUCGCUCUUGUCUGCCUGGAUCACCAGGUUCUAAAGAGAGCUGGCACGCAGGAGAUCUCACCGAUAAAGCUGAGGUGGCUACAUGUCCAAAACGACAACCCAAAAAUUGAACUUCUCGAGAAGCUUGUUGCAGAUUGUCCAUUCAUUACUCUUGGAUUGAAGGCUACCGCUUUACGACUGUUAUCCAGGGCAACAGAUGAAGCGAAAGAGCAGCCGGCUCGUUGUGGUAGGGUGGAGGCUAACGAGAAUGCCAGAGGUCCUGAGGAUGAGCGGGCGAUCCUUCUGAGUGCAAAUUACUUAGCUCAGUCUGGGUCCGGCGCCUCUCUCGAAAACAAAUCACCAGGCAGGGCCGCAAAAUCACUCCUAGGCUAUCUUUACGGUGAUGAUGUGGCGACACAGAAGGACACGACCUGGGCUCUGCGGAAGCUGGCCCUCCCUUCUCCGCGGGUCCACUUACGUGUCCCCAAGCUUCUCUGCCUGUUCUUAGGCGCAGGGCUCAUCAUCACGGCGUCGGAACUUGAUUUUGAAGAGAUCAAAGGCAAUCUGAUUGAGGUCAACGCCACAGCUCCUGGAGAGUUCCGCACAAUCCAGGUCAAGCGUGAUUUGAGCGAGAAGCAGGCUCGCCAAAUCGUCAUCGAACUGGAUUGCAAAUAUGUCGAUUUCCACCGCCACGCUGUCGCCAUAGCCGCAGCUGGAAAGCCCGAUCCAUCCCGAUUUGAUAUCCUAUGGGCCCCUGCAGGAGACCGACUCGGCCAAGACAUCCUAACACCAGCCAAAUGGAUCCAACUCCUAUCUUCUGACACGAUCGAGAAAGAUGUCUUCUUCCUCUCGCGGAAAUACCCAUCAUCCAACGUCCCAUAUGAAAGAGCAACAGGCUACCACGCAAGACAUAAUUAUGAUGAUCCAGUGAGAAAAUACGAGAACCCUCGUAGGGCCUCGCUUCACCGCUCAUACACGGGAUACCGGGAACGCGAGACCGACUAUUUCCCACGGCCAUCAAGAGACCGAUAUUCGGGCUCUGUCUCCAGUGGAACGAUAGAGUCGAAAUCUGACCACGAAUCCGCCUCUGGCCAAAGUGAUCAGGGACCUGCCCCGGAUCAUUCUCCAGGUAACACACGUUCAGAGACAAGGAGCGCUCCGAAUGAGUCGGCCAGAGAGCGAUCCAGGUCAGGCUCUCCGCCUGCAUCUCAGUCGGAAGGAUCAGAUGAUCAGCAGUUCCACGGGCACCACGAGGCACCUCCAAAGUCUUCAGGGCUCAUCACCUUUCCUUUCUUCACAUGGCGCGUCAAGCACGGCACUGGGGGGAGGCAGCCUGGCCUUGUUAGCAUACAGGAACGUGACCAAACUGUGGUUCGGAUCCUGGCCAAGAUCCACGAGUCGAUCACUUCGGAUACAUCUAGCUACAGGACACUCUACGCGAAGGCUUACCGGUGCGCCGCCGAUGAUCUAUUCCAGCGUCACCCUGAUGUGGUGGUGAAAACGAAGGCCGAUGGAAGUCCGGAAGAUAAUGACCGUGCAAAGCCAGCAGACGAACUCACCACGACCCCGAGUAGAGGGCACGACAGAAGGAAGAGGCAGCGCGCAAGCGGAACCCAGACCAAGGCCGAAAGGAAACAAUCUCGUGGUGGAGUUCCACCCGGUGGGCUCCUUAUCGACCAGCGUCGCCCUAAGGCUGGGAAAGAGAAGAAAAGCAAGCAAGCCGAGGGCGCUACAUAUGCCGAAGCUGACCAGACGGGACCAUCCGGAUCUGAUAAAAUGACAGCUCCCAUCGAGUCAGGAGAAGGUCCUUCCAAGUCUGAAAUGAUGCCGCAUGCCAACACUAAACCACCAUCUCCACCCCCUGCUGAAGAAGCAAAUCGGGGGCUGGUAUUGAAGACACAACUCUUGGAAGUAUCGCAGACGAUUUUCAGGGCAUUUUUGCCAUCGCAGGGUGCAUCCUCAUACCCAGACUAUUACCAUCCGCUCUGUGAGCGAUUUUGGGGCUCGCUUGACGAGAUCUUUCGACAAAUAACAUGGUCGACGACACUUUACCGCAACAACCUGCAGUGCGUGGUUCGCGAUUUCGACCGCGUCUUGUCCGUGCCAGCAAAUUUGCCGAGCGACGCCUCCAAUAAGCAGAAGGAAAACUUUGCCGAUUGUGAGGCUUGCAGAAAGAACCAAGUCUACAACUCGCCGAGCGACGCCGUCAAGCACAUCCACGAGGUGCAUUUUGACUGCACAACUGCUGAAUACGAGGACCGUCUUCAUGACGACCCCUGUAGUGUCUGGAUCAAGGAAGCGGCUGCCACGCUUGAUCAGAAUGCCGCAAUGAUACAGGAGGCACAGGAUCUGAUGGAAUUCCUGUCAAGCGUCUCUGGUAUGCUCAACCAGAUCCAGUGGUUGGUCGCCUCAACUGCCAAAGGCGUCCAAAAUCAGACCUCCCGGCCUCAACUACCCAGGAGCUUGGUGCACGCCUUCGACGCACUGCUUUCCUAUUAUAUCUUCACCGCCAAGCAGUUUUCUCUCAUAAAUAGAUCACUCAGGCCGACGGAGAAGCCAAGGGCAAGCACGGACCUGCUCGGAGUCCGCCUGCAGCGGGUCAAGAGGCGCUGCAGGAAGGUUAGCCUAGACGUCACGGAUCUGCUCACCAACGCCAAGAAAGACAUCUUGCUCCAGGGGACCCGGGAUCAGGACGAGGAUGCUCUUGGGCUCCGAGCCGUGAGUGCCGAGUUCCUCAUGGCUGCUCUUGUCACGACGGUGCAGAACCGCAACAUCAACCUUCCAGACGCGGGCGGCCAGAGGAGCUCCGACGUCAUCGACAUGUACAAGAAAUACAACAGCCAGAUUCACUUUGAAGCGAACCGCCGCCCCCAGAGGCGAGUCUUCAUCGCCAUCCACGAGCUCGAGGAGGAGCUGAGAGCUCUUGGUCGGGUGCUGGAGUCGCAGACGCGACUGCUCACAUGGUACACGGGGAAGAUCGAACCGAGAUACUCAGACUCGUCGUAUGAAGCAUACCGCGAACCAUACCGCUACCGUUUUGAGAAGGAUUAUAUUGAAAGGCAGCGUCGAAUACUCUCGCGGCGCCAAAGUGAUGUCACCCGGCUGCAGGACAAGGCGGCAGCACUGAAGCAGCACGUUGCGCAGAUGCUCGCGGUACUCGAGGAGGACCACGGGAAGGCGAUUAGGGUGUUCACGAUCGUAACUCUGUUCUUCUUGCCCUUGUCCUUCGUCACGAGUUUUAUGGGCAUGAACACCAACGAUAUUCGCAACAUGGACUCCAACCAGCCUCUAUUCUGGGCCGUCGCCGCCCCGCUCACGAUCCUCGUGCUCGCGACUGCUUUUAUCUACGGGUACAAGAGCGACGAGGUCGAGGACGUCCUCAGGCGGUGCGUCAAGCGACGUGGUUCAGUGUUGAUUCAAAAGACUCUGUUCACGAAAGAGAUGCGGAGAAAAGAGAAACAGGUCGCUUAG